AUGCGUCCGGGCGGCCGCGGGCGGCCCCGGCUACGGCCCGGGGAUCGCGGCCUCCUGCAGCCACCUUCCCCGCCCAAACGCCGCCUGCUCCCGCGGGCUCAGCAGCUACCGCUGCUGCUGCUGGCGCUGGCCGUGGCCUCGGCGUUCUACACCAUCUGGAGCGGUUGGCACCGCGGGACUGAGGAGCUGCCGCCCGGCCGGGAGCUGCGGGGCCCACUGAUCGCCAGCCUCCCCGAAGCCCGAAUGCGGAAGGUGGUGGGGCAACUGGACCCACGGCGUCUCUGGAACACUUACCUGCGCCCCCUGCUGGUUGUGCGAACGCCGGGCAGCCCGGGCAAUCUCCAAGUCAGAAAGUUCCUGGAGGCCACUCUGCGGACCCUGACGGCAGGUUGGCAUGUGGAGCUGGACCCCUUCACAGCCUCAACGCCCCUGGGACCGCUGGACUUUGCCAAUGUGGUGGCCACACUGGACCCGGGAGCUGCCCGUCACCUCACCCUCGCCUGCCAUUAUGACUCGAAGCUCUUCCCAUCGGAGCCAGCCCCGUUUGUGGGGGCCACGGAUUCGGCUGUGCCUUGUGCCCUGCUACUGGAGCUGGCCCAGGCCCUGGAUCAGGAACUGAGGAGAACCAAGGAUCAGGCAGCCCCGGUGAGCCUGCAGCUGCUCUUCUUGGACGGCGAAGAGGCGCUGAAGGAGUGGGGACCCACGGACUCGCUCUAUGGCUCCCGGCACCUGGCCCGGCUCAUGGAGUCUGCGCCCCACAGUCCCGGCCCCACCAGGAUCCAGGCUAUUGAGCUCUUUAUGCUCCUUGAUCUCCUGGGAGCCCCUCAUCCGACCUUCUACAGUCACUUCCCCCGCACAGCCCGCUGGUUCCAUCGGCUGAGGAGCAUCGAGAAGCGCCUGCACCGUUUGAACCUGCUGCAGUCUCACCCCCAGGAAGUGAUGUACUUCCAGCCCGGGGAGCCCCCCGGCUCCGUGGAAGAUGACCACAUCCCCUUCCUCCGCAGAGGGGUCCCGGUGCUCCACCUCAUCUCCACACCCUUCCCCUCUGUCUGGCACACCACUGACGACUCGGAGGCCAAUCUGCACCCCCCUACGGUACACAACCUGAGCCGCAUCCUCGCCGUAUUCGUGGCCGAGUACUUGGGGCUCUAG